AUGCCCAACAUGCCACCUCCGGGCCUCAGCGUCAGCACCGGCACGGGCACCGCCCCGUUCUUCGCCCUCCGCGCCGUCGACCCCGAUCCCGCCGCCGCUGCAGCCGCCGCAUCCGCCAAGGCGACCACAUUGGGCACCCCUCCCUGGCUCCUCGCCCGCCCAGAGGACCCGAACGAGUGGAGGGGCGCCUCCGUCUUGUUCAUCGCCAUCCUCUGCGCCGUUAUCGCGACUGCCUUCGUGUGCAUGCGCUUCUACACCCGUGUCCGCAUCCUCCGCACCAUCGAGUGGGAGGACUGGACCAUCCUCGCGUCCCUGGUGUUCGCCAUCGCCACGAGCGCAGGCAUGAUUAUACAACUCAAGUUUGGCCUCGGCCAGCACCUGUACUACUCCUGGCCCUCCUAUCCGUCCUACAUCGAGGCCGGCACCUUCACGAACCUCUCCUACUCCAUCAGCCUCACCCUAACCAAGGUCUCUAUCCUCCUCCUGUACAUCCGCAUCUUCGCCUACGACCUCGUUUGCCUGCUCGCCAAGAUCCUGCUCGGGGUCGUCGCCGUCUCCCACACCUGGAUCAUCGUCAGCAUUCUCACGACCUGCAUCCCCCUCAGCGCCGCCUGGAACUACGACCCCCAGGCUCCCCCGGUCUACUGCCACCCCUUCUCCGUCUUCUGGGGCAACGCCUGCCUCCACCUCGUCACCGACUUCUUCAUCUUUCUCCUGCCGUUGCCUGUCAUCGCGUCCAUGCGCCUCCCGCGCCGUCAGAAGCUGGGGUUGUACUUUGUCUUCUCCCUCGCCUUCCUCGUCUGCGCAAUCUCCAUCCUCCGCCUCGUCCGUCUCUUUCACACAGACGAGACCAUGGAGCAGGUCCUGGACGUUACCUGGUCCGCCGUCCGUAUCGCCAAUGUCACCUGCAUCGAGGUUCACGCCGCCAUCAUCACGGCCUGCCUCACCACCCUCAAACCCCUCUUCACCCGCCUCUUCCCAAGCUUCGACGCCUUCCCCGCCCGCCGCAAAGGCUCCUUUUCCUCCUCAUUCUCCUCCAAGGCAUCAUCGCACCCCGCCGCCGCCGCCAACCGCGGCGACUGGGAGAAGAACUUUUCCACCGCCAACCCCGAGGCGCGCUAUAAGCGGCCCCUCACCAUCGGCACCAAGUCGAGCCGUCCGCCCGUGCGCCGCGACACCUUUGCGAGCAUUCUCGCGCUGUCGCCGACGACGCCCAAGCACGAUGACGAGUUCGCCGAUGUCCUGACGUCCAUGAGGCCCUCGGCCGACCUCAAGAGCGGCCGAGGGGACAGCCAGUUCCGCCUCGCCGAAGUCGACGCCGGCGCCCCGCUGCGGUGGCCGUCCAAGCUGGUCCGCAAGUCUAGGCUGCAGAUGCCGCAGGGGGCGAGGACCCGCAGCUCGACGCUGCGGCGCGACACAGAGCGGUUCGGUCCUCCGAUGCCUUAG